AUGGUUGAGAAAGUCGAUCAAUCGCGCCCGAAGAUUCUAACUCUUUCUUCUCCGGUACAAAAGAGUGUUGAUCAGAGUGAUAUGGAGAUGGUUGGGGGAUUUCUAAAGAAUUGUUACUAUUGCAAGAAGAAGAUUCUUGAAGAUGUUAAAGUUUUCAUGUAUGG